AUGUUCAACCGUAACUUUAUUCUCCGAGCUGCGGAGUUCAAACAGAAGUCCCGUUGGUCCAGUGUAUGGCCGAACAUGCGCUAUGGGUCCAUGUUUCUCAGCUACAGCGUGGGAAGGAAGCUUCCAAUGAAGGGUGUCAACUGGGUUACUCGAGACUCGAAUCGCUUACUGAAUUUUUCCAACAGGUACAGUGCUGUAAUCUCCGACAUCGACGUGAAACGGACGGAGGAGGAACUGAAUGUCGCUCUGUCGGACAUACGUUGGAACGACCACCGACGGAUCUACUGGAAGUGCUCUUUUUGUGGUUCCAGUUAUCGUAAAAACGUUUCUGUUCGAACCAAAUAUCACGCAGGCUGUAACUUCUGCAAGAAGAAAUAUCCGUCAGAGGUGCGUGGGGAGCAGCACGGAAGCCCGCCCGUAUCGCAAGCGGCUCCUGAAUUAACUGAGCAGCUCGUGGACAACGGCAAGCGGGAUAAUUUGGCUACGUUAGCAGUAACAAGCAAAUUUUAUGCGGAGUGGACUUGCCGCGGUUGUGGCGGGUCAUACAGGUCAACUAUUCGCAGUCGUACGGGGCAAGUAGAGGCAGGGCAAUGUACUUUGCACCCUGACAUUGUGGCUUGGUCGGCAUACUGUCCGUCAUGUUCGUGGAGACCAAAUAUGGUUCCCAUCGCAGAGGAAGUCUCGCGCAGUGGUCAGUUCCUUGGGUUGGAGCGAUCCAUGGAAGAGUUGGGUGGACAGCGGGGCAAACAACUACCCAUCCCGCGGAGGAAGAGGUUGGCUUGCUAA